AUGCCCGCGUCUCGCUCCCGCGCCAACGCCGCGCUCCGCACGCCGCCGCCGCCGUCUGAGAAGGAGGCGGCGCGGCACGCCGAGGAGCUGCUGGCGGAGGUCGAGGCGGAGAAGCGCGCCAAGGGCAAGAAGGGCAAGAAGAAGAAGAAGGGCGGCGGGGCGGGCGGAGCUGGGCCGUCGCAGGAGCCCGAGGAGCUUGCCGAGGCGCCGUCGGAGGCAGACGCAGCCGAGGCGGCGAAGAAGGCCGAGGAGGAGAGGCUUCUCCGGCUUCUCGAGACGCUCACCGAGGAGAGGAUGCGGCUUGGCAUCACGCCGGAGAGCCAGGCAGCGGCGUCGGCAGAGGAGAGGCGCGCGGCCACUGCCGCUGCGAGGGCCAAGGCGGCGGCCGCCAGGAUGGCGGUGGAGGCGGCUCAGCGCGCAUAG